GUCAUAGCAAGUACAAAACUUAGAUUAAAAAACAAAAAACACAGCAUCAGCAAUUCAGCAUCAAAUAUCCUCUUCCUUCUUCUGCAUCAACUCAUCUUAUUAGAGUUUUUGACUAAUCAAUUAUGGCCUAUGAGAUAACUGAGAUAAAGAAGAUUGGCAUAGGCCUAAUUGGUUUCGGCAUAUUUUUCGCAUUUCUUGGCAUAAUUCUUUUCUUUGACCGUGGUUUGCUUGCUCUGGGAAAUAUUUUUUCCUUGGCAGGGGUAGCCAUUUUGCUUGGUUGGCGUUCCACGUGGGCACUCUUCACAAAUAGAGCAAACUUUAAGGGUUCUGCAUCAUUUCUACUAGGUCUCUUUUUCAUUUGUGUGAGGUGGCCAAUUGUUGGUAUAAUACUUGAAAUAUACAGUUGUGUUUUUCUCUUCAGUGGAUUUUGGUCAUCUAUCAAAGUGUUCCUCUAUCAUAUCCCUGUUGUUGGAUGGAUUAUACAGUUUAUCUCUCCUCCUUGAUUGUCACAGAAGGGAUUUAACUGAUGCCUUAGUAUAUGGCUAAUCAUGGGUUUCGAUUGUAUUGGUAAUUUUUCCAAUGACUUGUGCAUGAAUGCAAUGUUAAGCUAGUUUUUCCAAGAGUUUGCAUCAGGCAGAUUAGCUUCCUUUAGUGAGAAGUAUCGCAGCAUGUUAUUUAUGUAGAAGAGUUGGUACUUGGUAGCCAUAUUUUGUUGCUUUAAAUGUAAACAAGAAUACAAGCUGGUUAUGCUGUUCAGUUGUCUGAUAGCAUGAGGGCUUGCUACUGAUGUCAGACUGAACAUAUAUUAACCUUCGGCUUUAUGCGCCUUGUCAUUGUCAAGACCUCGCCAAAGGAUGUUGAAAUUCUUUUUGUAUGUUUUUGGUUUAUGAAAGAUUCACGGGUUAUUAGUGUUAGUGUUGGAAUUAAACUUUAUGCUAUAAAAAAAAUGUGGAGAAAUGACUUGGGUUUUUAUG